AUGAAGGUAAUAGACAAGAUCCGCGAGGCCUCCGCCGGCAAUGCCGUCUUCUCGUUCGAGUUCUUCCCACCCAAGACGGAGGACGGCGUCGACAACCUGUUCGAGCGGAUGGACCGCAUGGCCGCCUGCGGGCCCACCUUCUGCGACAUCACCUGGGGCGCCGGCGGAACCACCGCCGAUCUGACCCUGGAGAUCGCCAACCGGAUGCAGAACAUGGUCUGCGUCGAGACCAUGAUGCAUCUCACCUGCACGAACAUGCCCAUCGACAAGAUUGACCACGCCCUCGCCACCAUCAAGUCCAACGGCAUUCAGAACGUCCUCGCCCUGCGCGGCGACCCUCCCCACGGCCAGGACAAGUUCGUUCAGGUGGACGGAGGCUUCGGUUGCGCCCUCGACCUCGUUAAGCAUAUUCGUGCCAAAUAUGGAGACUAUUUUGGGAUAACUGUUGCUGGUUAUCCAGAGGGGCAUCCUGAUGUUAUUCAGGACGGAGUUGUACCACCAGAGGCCUAUCAGAAUGAACUUGCCUACCUUAAGCAAAAGGUUGAUGCUGGAGCUGAAGUCAUCGUCACACAACUAUUCUACGACACUGACAUCUUCCUCAGAUUUGUCAAUGACUGUCGUCAAAUUGGAAUAACUUGUCCUAUAGUACCGGGUAUCAUGCCCAUUAAUAACUACAAGGGCUUCCUCCGCAUGAUUGGUUUCUGUAAAACUAAGAUUCCACCUGAAAUUAUGGCUGCCUUAGAACCGAUCAAGGACAAUGAAGAAGCCAUCAGGGCUUAUGGUAUUCAUUUGGGGACUGAAAUGUGCAAGAAGAUUUUGGCCUCUGGGAUCAGAACAUUACAUCUUUAUACAUUAAACAUGGAGAAAUCAGCUUUGGCUAUAUUGAUGAAUCUUGGGUUGAUCGAGGAGUCCAAAAUUUCGAGACCCUUGCCUUGGAGACGUCCAGCAAAUGUUUUCCGUGUAAAAGAAAAUGUCCGCCCAAUAUUCUGGGCUAAUCGUCCAAAAAGUUACAUAUCAAGAACUAUAGGUUGGGACCAAUUCCCAACUGGCAGAUGGGGUGAUUAUCAGAAUCCAUCAUUUGGAGCACUGAGCGAUUAUCAGUUUAUACGACCUCGUGCGCGUGAUAAGAAAAUUGGUGAAGAAUGGGCCACACCUUUGAAAAAUGUGGAAGAUAUUAGUGAGAAAUUCAUGAAGUUCUGCCUUGGGAAAUUGCGAAGUAACCCGUGGUCAGAACUAGAUGGUCUUCAACCAGAGACCAAAAUCAUUAACGAACAACUUGCUGACAUUAACCUGAAAGGUUUUCUUACAAUCAACAGCCAACCAGCUGUGAAUGGACUGAAAUCAGACUCGCCAUCUUUUGGAUGGGGUGGGCCUGGCGGAUAUGUGUACCAGAAGGCAUACUUGGAGUUUUUCUGUUCUUUGGAGAGCCUGAAUACUCUAGUGGAGAAGUGCACGGCAUUCCCAUUCCUCACGUACAUGGCAGUGAACAGACAAGGAAACUUGAUAUCGAACAUGAAAAAUCUUGAUGUGAAUGCAGUCACUUGGGGGGUUUUCCCAGCAAAGGAGAUCAUUCAACCCACUGUUGUCGACCCUGCAAGCUUUAUGAGGUCAGCAUUAUUAGAUUUGUGA